AUGCCUCGCUCCUCGCGCUCUGGUACUCGCCCUGCAUCACAUGCCCCGCCGCGCUCGGCUCCCUCGGGAUCGCGCGGUAUGCACACUAUGUCGGCGCCUCCGCAGAGCUUCAAGGCGCCUCCGCAGUCUCGUGCUGCACCUGCGCAGCACCAUGCAGCCCCACCUCAUCAAGGUCCCACUGUCGUAUCCCAAGGUCCUGGCAUGUUCGGACAGAUGGCCUCCACGGCAGCCGGUGUGGCUGUUGGCUCGACUGUGGGCCACGGUAUCAGCAACAUGUUGUUCGGUGGCCGCCACGCUGAGCCUGCGCCAGCUGCCGAGGCCCAUCCGCCCGCAGCACAGUACGACCAGUCGUUCUCGCAGCAGCCCACUGGCAUCAACUGUGACGUGCAGAGCAAGGAAUUCCUACAGUGCCUGGAGAAGACCAACGACAUGAACGCUUGCUCGUACUACCUGGAGCAGCUGAAGGCUUGCCAGGCUGCUGCUCGUGGCUACUAA